GCUGCAACAUGGUAGGACUUCUGCUAGCCCCUAAUACCUUUCUUCUAGUAGAUUCUCAUCCACGCGAGUAGGACUCAGGUUGCCCGUGCUUUGCAUUCGACCUAUUAGCCGACCUUUGUCGGAGCCGAUACUGUUACCUCUGGUCCCGUGAGCAGAGUUGUCCAGCUUGAAGCGUUGAUGAGACCCUUGGUUCUUGGAGUUAUCGCCAUUGCAGCAAUUGUCACCCCUUUAGGCCUGUAUGAUGCUAUUGUUCCUGCUGAAUCAAAAACUUUUCACCCUUUUCAGUACACCCAAGACCACUCUUCAUUUGGAUUUGGAACACCACCAAGGACCGACCUAGGGUUUAAUCGAUUUUGUGGUAAUAUGGGGCACACCAAAUGCCCUGGCUCAGAUGUCGUGAUCGAAACUCAUCGAAAUGGUUCGCAAUACUUUCCCUAUGGCUACGAUGCCCGAAUCUCGCCAAAAAUCAAGGAAAUGUAUCAGAGCGGCCUCAAGUCCUUGCCGCCCACUGUUUCUAGCCUUUGGGAUAUUGAAUGGAGGUCGUAUGGAAUCGGAAGGGAAAAUGAUGUCAACAAUGGUUCCAGAUUCUUGGUCGGAGAUUACCGACAGGCAGGUGUCCUGGCGCUGAAUAAUGCAUAUGAUAACGUGGAAGGCCUGAUCGUUGAUACUAAAAACGGUGGAAUUGGGUUUCGUAACCACACCACUCCAUCGCCGCUACCUUAUGGCAGCGAGUGGUCGGAGGACCUGCUCUUUGUUGAGCCUCAUACAGUGUGUAUCGAUACUAAUUUGACUAUGGAUUUCGAAAUUAGUUUCUCUGGCACUAGCACGAUUCAAAAUCUAGUCCUUACUGAUCGCGGUGGAUUUGUGGAUCUCAAUACCGAUUAUCCUACAUACGACCGAUUCAACAGCCAGAGUGAUCCUGAUUUGCGUGGAAGGGCACACAAGGCUGCGUACCUCAACAAUGCACUCACUAUGAUCUACCUCAACGUUUCCAAUCCGAGAACCAAGAAUUUGGAGCCCUUUUCCUACAUGAAUUCUGAAAUGAACAAAGCAUUCCCUCUGGAAGGAAAUAUAAGGGCAUAUCCUGAUAGAUUCCUCACAAACCAAAAUUUCGGCAGCUACCUAAAACUUGCUUCAAGGUUGACGAACUCCACGGUUAAUAGCACAGGUUCCGGCGAUGAUUACCCAAAUCCGUUCGAUAUUACCAAAGCAAAUUUUAGCUCCAUAGAAACUCUGUGCCAGGGAGCCGGUGGCCUUGACUAUGCAAAUAUUACGAAUAUCAGCGCAGUGUGUGGGAUGGCAUUUGGAGCUGCCACACGCGGCGAUGGAUCUCGUUCGCUAGUGUUCGAACCGGGCACCGCCUGGACUGUGCCUUUGUAUAGUUGUGCGUCGGCGGCCCGUGCUGUGAUAAAGACGGUCGAUUUCCGAUUCAACGGCACGGAUGGACUGAAAAGUCUUGCAAUUCGCAGUAUCCGCGAAAGGACUUACGCAAAGGAUGCCGACAAACCGCUUUGGGGAGUUGAGCGCUCUGAAGAAAUUUUGAAUGAAGUUUUACCUCUGUGGGGUUUGGUGUCGGAUGAAUACAAAGGGAGGGACGAUAUUUCGGUCAUUCAAAAGGAGUCAUUAUGGCUCCCCGGAUACGCUGGACAUCUUGGUAGGUCACCGGUGGGAUACUCAAACCUACCGGGUAUGUAUUUCCAUACUAGCGGGUUCAAGACAGCUUAUGAUGUAAGCACGUCCCCGCCAAUCGGAGUCACUGAUUAUUCUGGGCAAACAAACAUGGCGAUGUAUGCAAAAUGGCAGGAAUUGUCCUCUAAAGCAAACACCACAGCAAGGAUCAUCAACUUAGUGUGGACAGACGUUGCUGCGAACGCGGUCCUAGGAACCAAGGGCUGGAUUUCGCAGAUGCGGGCGAGUGUUGCCAGACGUGACAAUGGAGAUGGCCAAGGCUCGCCGCAGCCGGUGAACAAUGACCAACGCGAAGUCCCAGUGCUCGUCUUCUGGAAAGUUAUCAAGUACGACCUGAAAUUCGCUAUUCCCGCCUUCAUCGCCCUCGUUUUCACUCUCUUCAUCACAUCCACAACAUGCCUUUUGUGCUUGUUUGGCCGUGCAAGGCCAUCCAGGAUGCGAAAGUAUCUUUUCUACACCUCCGCGGGUCGCAUAAUGGCCGGCUUUGUGUAUCCCAACCAAAUCGACCCUCAAGCCCCAACAAAGCAGUGGAGUAAAAGUGUUGGGUUUAAGAGAAUUGCCGUUAAUGGUCCCGUUCCCACAGCAAGGGAUCCAGUGAUGACGUCUAACUUUGGAGACUCGAAUACAGCGAACACGGAUGCUCCCCUGCUCAAAAACGGUGGUCAACCACAACAGCCAUACCAGGCGUGAGAGCGAAUGUCACAAUUCUGUCUUCCUCAAAGCCGAACCCUCGUUUCAAUAAGGCCAAAUCUCGCGGCCAUAACUUGGCUUUGAAUGACGAUAAUAGCUGAAAUCGGUUUGCCUGAUCUAAGCGUUUAAGCAUUUCACCCAGUUUAUGUGUAAUCCAUGCGUGUCUAACUCGUUCCCGAUAGCUCUCCCUGACCACUUGAGUAUGUCGUACUUCUGGGCUCUCGCUUGUUGGCCUAUCUUCUCUAGGAAGUUCAAUUAUUUCUGGGGACGGUUUAACAUAUUCUGACAGUCAAACCCACCCUUUGAGUACAUAUCAUGUUUUUUACUAUAUCCUACGUAUUGUUUUCCCCCCUAUUUCUUGUUGCUGAGUACUCAUCUUGAAUAUGAAGCGACAGAUUAUGCCCGCAGUUCUGUUCGCCACCUAUUUUGGAAACCGUCGUUUUGAGUAACCGUUCCUGUAUCUGCUUUCCUGCGUUUACAAAUUUUCUGGCUGAUUAAAUGAUACGAGCCCUCUUUCUACACUCAUAUAUCCUACGUGGAAUAAUUAUUCAUCUAAUAUACAACUCAAUUCAAACCAACAUUUUCUAGAAAUACACAUACAUAAGCG